UAAACAGACCCGCCGUAAUACUAAGGUCAUGCCAUCUUCUCUCUCCCUAUCUCACUCUCCCUCUCCCUCCCUUCCAGAACUCCGACGCUUGCCGAUCUCAACCCCUUAGGUUGCCGCCGGAGAGCUCAUAGAGGGCGGCGGCGGCGGCCUCUUCUACAGCGUUUCCUUUCCUUCGAUCGAUUCGAGGAAUCUUAGGUCAGUCGGUCGAGGAAGAUGAAGAAGAAGAAGAAGAGCAGCAGUGAAGGCCGCGGUCCUCCUCCUCGUCCUCUCCCGCGAGAUAUCACAGUGGAGAUACUACUGAGGCUCCCGGUGAAGUCAUUGUGCAGAUUCAGGUGCGUUUCUACCCUGUGGCGCUCCAUUAUCUCCGAUCCCCACUUCGUCUCCUCCCAUUUCGCUCGCUCCUCUGCUCAUCCCAAACUGCAGAUAAAUGUUGAUAGAAAUGGUCCAGCGGUUAAUGCUGAAUAUGUAAGAAAGAGGAGGGAUAGAUUUUUCUUCUUCAGCACAGACUAUACGAAAAAUAUGGACGACCCGGGACAGGUUCAAGUUGCGAGCUAUCACGGCCAAAUUGACACCCAUGCUGACUAUAUUCCACAGUCUGUUGGUGGCUUGAUCUGCAUAAGUGAUAUAGAGGGAAUCCAGGUUUGUAACCCUAGCACCGGCGAGUGCAUUACCUUUCCAGCACCUUCUAUCUAUGGUAAGCCAUUCCUGGGGUACGAUCCGGUUGAAAAGAAGCACAAGAUUAUAAACUCGUGGAAGAGCCGAUUUUUGGGACCUACGAAAAUCGACAUUUUAACUCUUGGUGAGAAGGAGUGGAGAAGGUUAGACCUCGGUCUACCUGGUUUGAGCAUAGAACUAAGUUUAUGUAUGGACGGGGUCAUGCAUAUGCUUGGUGAGACUGAUGAAGAGAAGGCCUAUUUUAUAUUGUUUGAUGUUAGGCUGGAGACUUUUCGAGCGAUUCCCUUUCCUGCAGACUUCGUAUACGAUCCAUGUAUGUGUUUAAUCGAAUUUGGUGGGCGUGCUGCUUUACUUGACUACUGGGCAUCAAUUAUCGACCGUGUCGGUGGCCCAGUAAGAUUGUGGAUAUUGGAGGAUCUCGAAGUUUGGAGCUGCAAAGAGUUUAUCCCGCCUCCUCACUUGGAUGAUACUAUUUCAGUGGUGUCAUAUUGUGAUGCUGGUGUCACUCACGCGGGUGAAUUGGUGUUUUCAUCAUUGUCAUCCACGGGACCAUUUCUCUGUUAUUUAUUAGACCUGGAGGAUGCUAGUUUGAGGAAAAUUGAGAUCUCUGGGCUACAUGAACGUUUAAAUGCACUGACUCGUCGAUAUGAUGAUAUGGUGACGGUUUACUCACAUGUGGAAAGUUUACAAUCACUACAAGAAUUUCGCAUUGAUCGGUAAGACGCAAUCCCCUUUUGUAUAAUCGAUGUUUAGGUCAGUUAGAAGUUUGGAGGUCCGGAGCAGACAGAUGGAUGGCAAAGACGGGGAAUGGGACAAACUUCUCUGGAUAUGAAAAGGAGCUAAUUGGUAUUCUCUUGUUUGACCUUCUUGAUGUGUUCCAGUGCAUCCUCUCUAUCGCAAAACAAACUUCUGUGCAUCUUUCCAUUGUUUUGCAUAUGUAAACUUCGGCCUUUCCCUUUCUGAUGUUUUACAUUCCUUAGUUGAACAGAUAUUGCAGCAAAACCUUCAUUCAGAGCUGUAUGUGCUUUUCCCUCAUCUAUUGUUUCAUUUCAGUUGGACCCAUCGAUCUAUGGAAAAGAAAGAGCGAAGAUUUUGUGUUUGUCCA